AUGAAAACUAAUAAUAAUAGUAGUAGUAGUAGUAGUAGUAAUAAUAAUAAUAAUAAUGAUUUAAAAAAUUCAAAUAAUGGUAUAAAUAAUAAUAAUAAUAAUAAUAGUAAUAGCAGUAAUUAUGAAACAUUGAAAUCAAAGAUAAUAGCAACGAAUACACUCAUUCAUAAAUAUAAAUCGUUACAAACAAACUAUAAACAAUUACAACAAGAGUUGAAUAGAUUGAAAUCAUUAAAUUCAAGCAGUGAUAAUAAUAAUAUUGUAAAUUUAAAUUCAAGUAAUAAUGGUAGUUUAUUAAAUGGCAGUGGCAAAGGCAAUGUCAGUGGAUAUAGUGAGUUGGAAAAAGAGAAACAAAAAUUGAUACAACAGUUGGCAUUCGAAAGGAAGGAAUCAGAGUCGCUGAAAUCACAGCUGGAGAAUGAGAUUAACAAUCAUCUACCGCUGAGAGACAGUGUCGAGCGUUCGGAGAAAGAGUUGAAAUCUCUGAGGAGCGAACUUGAACAGAAGAAGUUGGUCAUCGGUUCGUUGGAGGCACUCAAUCAGCAACUACAGGCAAAGAUUACCGACUACUAUACACACAAGGAGAACAACGAGAAACAAUCAAAGAAGCUCGAGAAGCUGCUGGAUCUCAAGAAACGAUUCGUCGAUCUCAAGAAGGAUAACGAGAAACUAAAGACACAAGUAAUACAUUUUCAGAAACAAAGUAAUAUGUUACAACUAUCUGGUGGUACUGCUAGUGGUAAUGGUAGCAGCACCGCUUCCUCUGCACCUGCUGGUAAACGUGGUAGAUCUUCAAAGACGAAACAGCAGCAACAAUCUGUCAAUUCCGAUAGUGAAGUAUUGGAUUUAGAUCAAGAGCUAUUCGUUAAUAAUGGUACAGAGGAUAUAGAUCAUUCAUUAGAUUCAUCUAUUGAUGAAAUUGAUAAUAACGAUAAUGAUAUUAAUGACAAUAGUAAUGACAACAAUCAUAAAAAUAGUAAUAAUAAUAAGAAUAAUAAUAAUGUAGAUACAGAUAUGGGUGUGGAUGAUUUAGAUUUUCAAGAAAGUUUUGGUGGUUCUGGUUUUGAAGUGGAUGACGACUAUCAACCAUUUUUACCAAUAACUUCGACUACUACCACUACAACUACCACAACAAAUACAAAUACAGCUACCACAACAACAACGAAUAUAAGUACAAAUACAGAAAUAGAAGAUGAAGAAUCAACAACUACAUCCAUAAUAGAUGCAGAUAUCAAUGAUGAUGAUCAUAUUAAUAAUAGUAAAAAUAAUAGUAUAAAUAGUAAUAAAAAUAGUAAUAAUGUAAAGGAAAUAGAAACAGUAGAAACAAAUGUAGAUAAACAAGUUAGUGAUGAUUUAGUUAUACAGGACAAAGUGGCAGAGUCUGUUGAUGAUGACGACGAUAUCGAGUUUGAAGAACAUAGAGAUACAGAGCCUGUUGCUGUUUCUGUUGUGAGAGUGGUGGCUCCACCCAUGCUAUUCAACAAGAUGGAGCAAUCUCAUGACUAUUCAGAUGACGAUAUCAAAUUUGAAGAGCAUCCACUACGUACUUUUGAAAUAGAUUCAACAUCAACAACAACAACCAAAACAACAAUAGAAGAAGAUGAUGAUAAUAAUGAUGAUAUAAUUGUAAAUAAUAAUAAUAAUAAUAAUAGUCAAACAAACACAACUUCAAAUGAUUCAAAAACUAUAACAACAAAUACUUUAGAAUGUUCAAUACCAACAAUUGAAGAGAGUAAUAAUGAUGAUGAUGAUGAUGAUCAGUUGCAACUUGAUUUGAAAGAAGGACUGGAAAAGAUCGAUGAAGUAAAUGAAGGAAUGGAGAUUGAUGGCUUACCUGCCGCCGAGACCACCAACAGUGGUGAUACACCGAUGUCAGAUUCAUCAGUUUCUGUUAAAGAUGACAGCAGUUUAGAUGUCAGCAUUGAUAAUGAUACAAUGAAUUUUGAAACUUACAACCAUAAACCAGACGUAGAAUUAAUACCAGACAUCGUAGAGUCAACUGAUACAACCAACCAAACUCACAAGAAUAAUAGUCCAGAUACAAACAAUGAUACACAAUCUAUUGCAUUAGAAAACAACAACAAUAAUAAUAAUAACAAAAACAACGAUAAGAGUAACGACAACAACAGUGAUAAUAAUAAUAAUGAUAAUAAUGAUAGUAGUGAUAAUAGUAAUAGCAAUAGUAAUAGUUGUAGUAGUAUUAAAUAUUUAAAUAUAAUGGAUGCACCAAUUGAUUCACCUAUAUCACCUGGUGUAAUAUUUAUAGAUAGAUAUCAUAGUGGUAAUAGCCAAUCACCAAAGAAAGAUCGUUCUCCCUUGAAAUCAUCACCUUUGAAAGCAGCAUCUGCAGCAUCAGCAUCACCACUAUCAUUAUCACCAACAAUACAAUGCCAACCGUCAAACUUUAAGAUACCACUUUUCAAAACACCUUCAAUAGCAACAACAACAAUAACAGAAACAGAACAAUCAUUACCAUCAAAUAAUCUAAAUAAUAAUAAUUUACAACAUAGCUCUACAACCACACCAAUGGAAAUCGAAAUGAAUCAAAUCAAAGUCAAUACUAAACAACCAUUUCGAAAAGAGUCAGACACAAUCACAUCAUCUUCAUCGUCAUCUACAUCAAAAGACACAGUAUUACCAUGGCAUAGAAAAUCAGAUAACAACAAUAGCAACAAUAAUAAUAAUCAAAUAAAAUCAGUCACAUCACCAAUAAAAUCUAUUUCAAGCACCACACCAAUUCCCAAACAGAUAUUGGAUUUAGUUCAAAAAUCAGUUUCAACACCACCAUUGCCAAUUCAAACAGAGAAUGUUAUAACAAGUUCAUUUGCAAUUCCACACAAUCCAAUACCAACACCACCAGAACAAUCACAACCUCAAAUUGAAACAAAUAACAACAACACCACCAACAAAUCAAGAGUUAGCAGUGACAGUCCCCAAGCAAAUAUCUCCAAAUCAAUUGAGAAUGAACUACCAUGGCUUACUGAAUCGAAUGCCAAUGGAGAUUCAACACGUCCAAGCAAACCAAAACGAAUUCUACCAAAGAAAUCGGCAUCGAAACCACCUGAAUCAACUCUAUCACUCAAACGUUUAGAGACUUUAUCAUCACAAAACACAUCAACACCAACAAUAACUCAAACUCCAAUUUCGCCACCCACCACCACCACCACCACAACAGUUCCACCAAUUGAAUCCACUCCAAUUGUUGUUGCUAACCCAACCAAAGAUAUAUCAAAUACAAUCACCACCAAAACCCUACCAACUCAUAUUCCAACAGUAUCUCCAACUCCAAUUACUCCAACUCCUACACCAAAGACAACAACUACCAAAGACACUAAAACUACACCAAAGACACCAAUCAAAGAAUCAACAAAGAAAUCGAAAGCACAACCCAAAGAAUCACCAACUAAAUCCAAGACAAUACCACCAACACCUCUGCCAAGUAGUAAUAAGGUUGCAGCAGUCAGUAAUAAUAGUGUUAGUGGAAGUGUACCGACUAUUGUCGAAAAUACAAUAGUAAACCCAGUGGGAGUUAGCAAAUCUAGUCUAUUUGGAAAGCUACAGCUAAUUGCACCACCCGAAACAAACCAAGCUUCGUUACUACCAAUGAGAAAACUAGGAAUUUUAGAUUCUACAGAUUUGGAUGUCAAGUCUAUCAAACAGAUUUUACAGAGUGUUGUUUCUUUCGAGAUCACAGCCAACCAAGCGAUAGACACACUGCAAUCCAGAUACAAUUGUAAACAAAAUCAAAGCAUAUCUGCAGAAACAAAGAUUCAACUGUCAAAGACACUUAUUGUAGAUAUCAUUCAUCAAUUCACUCAACAAACACCCGAUAAACAAUCAACAUCAUCAUCGACCACUUUUUCACUCACCAAACAAUCGAAUCAACUUAUCAUUUUCAUAAAUCAACUUAACCUAUCAUAUACAUCUAUUUUUAAACAAUUUAACUUUAAGAAUGAAUUUAACAAGUAUUUGAACGGACUGUUGGUUUCGAACCUAUUAAAAUCAAUCAAAGAUAACAAAAAUGUAGAUAACUCUUCUUCUUCGGUUGAUCAACCAACUUCUUUUUAUCUAUGUUAUAUUUUCACUGUUUUGUGUAGAGUAAAUAAUGACUUGUCACCUAUCAUUACACUAAUGUAUGAUCUUUUACAAUUAAAAUCAUUAAACUCUAUUGGUUAUUUUAAAGCCAUUUAUCAAGUAAUCCCAACCAUUUUCAAUGUAAAUAAUGAACUAGUUCAAACUAUAUCAUGUUGUUUAAAUCAAUUAUUAUUGUCAAAUUUAAGUGAUAGUUCUUCAAAAGAUCUAUAUAAUCAUUUGAAUUCGAAUAAUAACAAUAACAAGAUUGUAAUAGAUCAGUAUACCAACGAAUUGAUGAUUAAAUUUGAUAUAGCGGUGGGUGACUCUGAACAAAGUACAGUCUUUGUCAUUCUGAAAUGUAUUGAACUUUUAUCUGUUUAUUUGGGCUGGGUAUGGACAUUCAAUCAAUUCAUUGCUACUAGACUAUGGAGAUAUCUCGGUGGCAUCACCAACAGUGUAAUAUCAUGUCAAAUGAUACAAACACUCGGAACCGUAGCAUUCAGCCACGUCUUACUCAACUCUGACACUACAGAACUACAAGGUAUCUCUGAUAUAAAGAAUACAAUUCGUCAAAUCUUAUCAUCGGAAUUUGACUUUGAAUUCAAAAUGAAUACAGCUAUGACAUUGUUACAAAUAAGUUGUGGAAAUUCAGAUGAUCUAGCGAUACUAGAGAGUUGGUAUAUGACACUGACAGCCGAGAACCAACAUAGAUGUUCACCACUCUUCAAACAAUGUGUUUUACCGAAUUAG